UCAGACCGAUCCCAGAUAUCGACCGAUAACCGCGCUCACGCCGACCAGCUUUACCUAUAUAGCUGCCAUGAUGGAGGGGAGAAGGAUACUAGCGCUCUUGUGUGUGGUUUCGGUGGCUCUCCUGUUCCUCCUUCCCCCCUCAGCUCUCGCAGAAUCGGCGACAGCGGUUACAAGCGCUGCUACGACAUUGGAGAUCAACCACCAGCCAAAUGGCAUCGCUGAAGCGUCCAAGAUGAUCUUCCGCGGGCGACGACUGAGCGACGACGACGACGACGAUUGCGAAGAACACGACGACGACGACGACGAUCACCACCAUCGCAAGCACCACAAGCCCUGCAAGUCGCCGUCGCCGCCGCCGCCGCCUCCCUCCCCUCCCCCGCCCUCCCCUCGCCCCCCCUCGCGCCCGAAGAAGAAGCUGACGUGUCUCGAAAAGUUGAAGCUCCGCACGGACAAGUGUGACUAUAGGGAGGCGUGCUGCAAGCGAGAGGCGGAGGACGAGGACGAGAAGGCGAUCUGCGAAGUCGCGGACGAGUCGUGCGAGAGGAAGGCGUACAUGCUGUACAAGAAGUGCAAGUACGGCAAGUGGACGUGCAAGAACUGGUGUGACUAUAACAAGAUGAAGUGCGUGGAGGAUGAACACCAGGACAACUACACGUGCCACGAGCGCGCCGGGUAUUGCUGCGAAAAGUGUAACCCGAAGCCGAAACCGAAGCUGGAGCCCAAGCCUGAGCCCGAGCCGGUGAAGGACGACAAUGAUGACGAUCACCACCAUGACGACGACGACGACGAAGAUAACUAAUUUCGCCAUGCUUAUUUCGCCUAGGGAGUGUAACUGCUUGGCUGACUGUUCGCGAAUGACUCUCGCGAAGGCUAACUGAUUGCUGCUGAAGCCAGGAAAAGCGUCCCGUGCGCCUGACGGUGUGUACAGCUUCGUUGCUUCGUUCCGGUAGAUAAACCAGCAGAGAAUCAAUGGGGAACUGUUUGUGUCUUGCGUUGCUUCAUGAAAGCCUUUUAUGGUGGCAGGAAAAGCUUUUUAUGGCAGAAACUUGCAAUGAACCAGUUCCAUGAAU